UAGUUUCAGUUGAGUCGGUAACGCGCUGUUGAAGACACACGCGAGUUUUUGCUGUUACAUGUUUUUCCGCUUUCGAAGAUAGAUCUCACGCGUACACAGUAGACGUAAAUGUGAAACACCGGGUCUAUGCAGCUUUCGGAAGUUUUUCGGUAUAUUUCUAAAAUUUAUUUUAUCUGUACAAAGAAUCCUGAACCUUUCCGGCGUCGAAAGAAGAUUAGAACAUAAUAGUCGUAGAGAUCAGGAAUCGUAUGAGGAAUAUCAGUGUUAUGUACCAAGGAGUAAUAAAGGUGUCUGAAAAGGCAGACCGAUAACGUUAUAUGGGAAGUGAAUGGUAAUGGUAGAGGGAGAGAGAGCAAAAAGAAUGACAAUAAAAAUUCAUUGUGGUAAUAGUAAGCAGUUAUUAUACAAGAAGGUGUAAAGAAGAAAUUCUGAAAUGAAAAUUUUCUUUGUGCUUCUUCGAUCGCUGCUGAAGUUCAUGAGAUAUGAAGGCAUUUGAAGUUGGAGUAGAGUGAAGUGCUAGUGAGUACCACUUUGGGUAACGCCCGUGCGCUAGUAUUGGAGAGAAGUCUACGUGGUGGAUUUGCGACAUUCCUACCCAAUCAGACGACUGUUGAGUUGGUACCACCGCUGACAACCAGUGACGACGGUGCAUGCCUCUAUUCAUAGGCUGCGAAGGCUCAUAUUCGUAGUGCGGAUGCAGCAAAACUGGCCCAUCAGAGGCGUAAAGAGAGAACAGGAACGAGACACAGACGAAAGCAGAAACAAGGUAGCUUUGGCGAUUCUUCGCGUGGUGACUCACGCGAGGUUUCUUGCUUCAGCACCCGUAUGCGAGGCAACAAAUAACAAUAAAAGAUUAGCUGCUAAAUCAAGUGAGCAUCAUUUAAGACCGAAACCGUUACAUACGACACCAGUGUAAUUUUUGAGCUGAGAACGUCUGAGUGCUGCCACUUUUUAUAUCCUUUUAUGAAUUAUCUGAAUGAAUCACGUGUUCAAUAGUUAUGGUACGGCAACAUUAAAUUUGUUUAUAUAAGUGUGGUUCCAAGGCAGAAUAAUUCAUUUUUGUUCUUGAUGCUAUAAUAAUUGGGCAAGUGCCACGGUCGCCAAUACAGCUGAAUAGUUUUUUUUAGCCCAGUAGUGUAUCCAAUACAGCAAAAAUCGGAAAAAAUCUAAUGUGCUUUGCCAGUUUAGUGAAGACAAGCGGAGAAGAAUGUGAUAACGGUCUCUAAAUAAUGCUUUUAUAUCGGCUGUGGAAAUCAAGUGCCUUUAGUGAAGAGAAAAAAGUAAUAAGAAAACGACAAAAAUAAUAGUUCCUGAAUUGGAACCCAACCGGAAGUGGGUAACUGAAAUUACUUUCCGGUCGACCAAAGGAAGGUGUGUCGCAGAGCGCAGAACGAGUUUCAGUAAUUAUCUAAUUCAAUGUGUUUUGGUCAUCGAUUUUUGGUGUAUACUUCGAUUUGAUCCUCUAUUGUAGAAGAUUUAUGUUGUGGAAAACAUUCAGGUAUUGAUUUAUUGAGGUGAUUCAAUAAUAUCAACCAUCGAAACUAUCGUCCAGUUCCAGCAGAAGGCAACUAACUUAUACCAAGCGACAAAUCGGCUGCGGAUAAGGCAGUCGUUAUCUGGGACACGAAGGCUUUCUAGGACCUUGUGUGACAGUAUGAAUUUGUUUCUUAUCGAAAAAACCAUAUAAGACCCAAGUUCCUUUCAACAACAACUCUUUCGAUGAUAUAUAAAGGCAGCUACCCCUGUAACGAUGGUUGCAGCAACGAAUGAAACUUCUACAGACCAUCGAGUGAAUGGAUGAAUCGUCGACUAUUUUUAGUGAUUCUCUGUUUUCAUAAUUGAAGAGAGUAGGCAUUUUCCUUCUAAUUCGUGCAACAUCAGAUAGCACCGAUAUAACUUCUACUGAUAACAGUACGUGAUAGUUCUGAUUUAGUACGUAACUAAACGCAAAAUGAAUAGGUUAGGAAUAACGAUACUAGUAUAUUUAGCGAUGUCUGUGCUUUCGACACACUCGGAUAAUAAUUUCUUCAGAAGGGCUGAUAAGGCAAACAGGAGUAACUCUGAAAACGGUUUUAGUCGAUUCGAUUAUCGAGAAGUGUUCAGUCUGAAUCGGUUAGGGCGUGACCGACGAAGUAUAUAUGACGAUACGUACGAAACUGAUUCCAAUGGGUUGAAUGAAUAUGGGUUUAGUUCGCAGGAAGGUUCAUCUCGGUCAUUCAAAGCGGUUGACAACCGAAAGCCUCUAUUUGUCAACUGUGAAGGUUACGCUCCGUCGGUGAAAGAGGAACGCGAUCCUGGAACAUAUGUAAUUCAGGUCAACGCUACCGAUCCUGACGAACAUCAGACGAUUUCGUACAGUUUUGUGACGGCACCUGGUGAACGAUCAAAAUUUAGAAUUGACAAGAAUACAGGCCAGAUUACGACGAUUCAUCGCUUUGAUCGAGACGAACCGAUUCGCGAAAAGGAAGUGUACAUUACUGUCCGUGCUACAGACGAUGGUUUACCAAACCUUGAUGAUGUUUGUACGUUCAAGGUGACGAUUGAGGAUAUUAAUGAUAAUCCACCGGUUUUCGACAAAACUAGAUACGAUGAACCAAUCACCAAAGAUGCUAGGGUUGGUACUAAAGUGGCAACAAUUUCUGCGACCGAUUUGGACGAUGGGGAUAACAGUAUUAUUAAAUAUGAAAUUUUGAAAAAGUACAAUGAUUACAGCUACUUUAGAAUUAAUGAAAAUAAUGGUAUUGUUUCACUAGCCAAAUCGGUAGAUAAAAGCCCAGGACAAUACUAUCAGAUCUACGUGCGUGCGUACAACAACGUUCCAGAAAUGCCUCAGGACGCCGAAGUUGAAGUAAAGGUCCCAGUUAUCGAAUCCAACAAACUGCCACCAUACUUUACAGAAGCUCAGCAACAGCCCAUUUCGCUGGAAGAAAAUUUCAGCAACUAUAGCGCUGCACUCGCCACGUUGAGAGCAAACUCCCAUAUUAACGGCAAGCCAGAAGUGAUUUUCGAAUUGAUCACUGGCAGAACCGAGCAGACAAAUAGCCGGAAUACGUUCCUGCUGGAGCAGAAAGAGGACACUGCCAUUAUCCUCCUGGGAAAGGCAUUGGAUUACGAAACAAUUACUGAGUAUACACUAACAGUGAGUGUAAAGAACACGCACGAUCUGAUUGCGCAAAGUAUCGUUAAGAUAAAGGUUCUCGACGUUAACGACAAUAUACCCUAUUUUACCGAGGUAAACUCCGGCUGGAUUCCGGAAAACGAACCUAUCGGUACUCCCGUCAUGCAGGUGCGUGCUUUCGACAUGGACGGGACAUCCGCACACAAUAUUGUUUCAUUUAGGCUAGCAGACAACGAAGAGUACUUCAACAUAGAUCAUCAUACGGGAAAUAUCACUGCGUUGCAAAUGUUCGAUCGUGAAGCAACCGACACUUACCAUGUGAAAAUUAUUGCGGAAGAUAAUUCUCCUUCGGCCCUCUAUAAUAACGGUAAGCCAAACAGUAUAUCGCAAACUUUUAUCAUCAAGAUAUCGGACAAAAACGAUCAUCCGCCCAAGUUCACCAAAGAUUACUACGUCUCGGAAAAUGUAGCAGAAGACGCCAACAAGAAUACGGUAGUUAUUGUGGUUACAGCGCAAGAUGUAGACACGGCUUCACUUAUCACCUAUUCUAUAGUUUCUGGAAACAUUGGAAAUGCGUUCAAAAUCGACGAAACGACCGGAGCAAUUUCGGUUAAUAAUGAAUUGGAUUAUGAAAACAUCACUGAGUAUACGCUUCAGGUACGAGCAUUCGAUGGAACAUACGACGACAAUGCUACUGUUUCCAUCAAGGUCGAAGAUGUAAACGACAAUCUACCAAAAUUUGCCAAAAAUGAUUAUGUACUAGAAAUUGAAGAGGAGAAGAUUAUGGACGGUUGUAUCGAGAGGAUUGAAGCGUGGGAUCCAGAUAUUAAGGACCGAUCUGCACCACAACAUAUUAAGUUUGCGAUUGUUAAGGUUGAACAGCGCCCACUGUUAGAAAUCGAUGAUACUGGCUGCCUUCGGCAGAAAGCUCCUCUAGAUCGCGAUCCUCCAAAUGGACACAAGGCCUGGCAGGUUAUCAUUUCAGCGACGGAUGAGGACGGUAGUGGUCGUCAGUCGACAACAACGGUAAACAUUAAACUGAAUGAUACCAACGAUAAUCCACCGUUUCUGACCAACAAAAUGCCAGUGGUUUGGUACGAAAAUCAGGAACCAGGAAGGAUCGUUACAUUAACAGCGGAUGACUAUGAUGAACCGCAGAAUGGGCCACCAUUUAGAUAUGAGAUCCCAGAUAGUGCCGAUGUGAGCAUUCGUUCAAUGUUCAGAAUCGAUAUGGAUGUUCUGUAUGCAAUGGUAAGAUUCGAUCGUGAAGAGCAGAAGGAAUAUUUCAUUCCGAUUCAAAUAACAGACAGUGGAGAGCCACGCCCUCUAAGUAAAAUAAGCAUUUUGCAUCUGGUGAUUGGUGAUGUUAACGAUAACGAAAUGAGGGAAGGUGAAAGUCGGAUAUUCGUAUACAACUAUAAAGGUGAAUCUCCCAAUGCGGAUAUUGGACGAGUAUACGUGGAUGACUUGGACGAUUGGGAUUUGCCCGAUAAAACGUUUAUGUGGAAGGAUGGUUAUAAUCCGGACCAUUUUCAGUUGAACAUGGAUACAGGAAUGAUUACGAUGCUUCAGAACACUCGUGGCGGAGAGUACGAGUUGCACUUCACGGUAACUGAGCAGUCAAGUUUCUUUCCACGUCACCAGGUAUCAGCUAGGGUGACGGUUACGGUGAAGGAAAUUCCCGAAGAAGCAGUUGAUAAAAGUGGAUCAAUUCGGUUCUACGGAAUCACUGCCGAAGAGUUUGUGUCACGCAGUCCGUCUUUGUCGCUGACUCCAAAAGAUCGUUUGCAAGCCAGUAUUGCAGAAAGGUUGAAUAUAAGCAAGGAUAACGUGGACGUAUUCACCGUGCUACAGCAUGACAACAAUGCAACACUGCUGGAUGUCAGAUUUUCAGCGCAUGGAAGCCCAUACUAUGAGCCUGAGCGAUUAAACGGAUUGAUUGGAUAUCAUCAGAGAAUGCUGGAGGAAGAACUGGGAAUGAAGAUGAUGAUGGUGAGCAUCGAUGAGUGUAUUGAGGAAAAGGUCCGUUGUGAGUUGUCCUGCAAAAAUGUACUGCAUAAAUCUAACGUACCGAUUGCGGUGUACACAAACACUAGUUCAUUUGUUGGGGUGAAUGCAUUUGUACAGGCGGAAUGCGUAUGUGAUGCUCCACCAGCAACGAUUGAAUGUUUGAAUGGAGGAACACCGUACCACGACAAGUGUGAGUGCCAUGAGGGUUAUGAAGGUCCACGAUGCGAAGAAAUAGCUAUUGGUUUCUAUGGUCAUGGAUAUGCAAUGUAUCCACCAGUAAGUCCAUGUAACAUGACUAGAAUUAGCCUAGAGCUAACUCCACAACGUGAAGAUGGCUUAGUGAUGUAUAUUGGUCCAUUGAAUUUUAAUCCGCUAUUGCCAAUUCAAGACUUUUUGGCAUUGGAGCUGGUGAAAGGUUUACCUGUAUUGCUAUUAGAUUACGGAACGGGUACCAUUAGGAUUGCACAUAAGCACCGUUAUCCCCAAGGUAGGCCUUUUACUGUAGAAAUAGUAUUGCAGCCACAGACAAUAGAAAUGAUCGUCGACAACUGCAAAUUGUCGACAUGUAUGAGCCUGGAUGCUCCGAAGGGUCCAAAUGAAUCCUUGAAUGUGAACGCCCCACUACAGCUGGGAGGGGCUGCAGUCAACAUCGAAUCACUAGGAUCAAUGUUCAACUGGACCUACGUUCCACAGAGUAAAGGAUUCACCGGCUGUAUACGAAAUCUGACGAUAAACGAUCGAACGUACAACCUAGGGGCACCAAGUUUAGCCAAAAACCACGAUCCUGGAUGCCAUCGGUCGGUGGCUGUGGCAGUUUCCUUUGGUAUCGAUUCGAACUUCCUGAUCGCGAUAAUUGUGUGUAUAGCGGUACUUUUAAUUUUACUUCUGGCCGUUGUGGUGCACAAAAAGCACCAGGAUGGUUGGCACGAGAAGGAUAUGGACGAUAUACGAGAGACAAUCAUAAAUUACGAGGAGGAAGGAGGUGGUGAACGUGACGCAGAGUAUGACUUGACUGUGCUACGAGCGCCACCUAUCUAUAUGGACAAACCAUACGGAAACGAUCUGCGACAGAAAGAGGCAAACGAGGUGCCCGAUAUUGGUGCUUUUCUGGCGGACAAAAAAGAUGCUUGUGAUAAAGAUGCAGAUGCAUAUCCAAUUGACGACGUGCGCCAUUAUGCGUAUGAAGGAGAUGGAAAUAGUUCUGGCUCUUUAUCAAGUUUAGCUUCCUGUACUGAUGAAGGUGAUUUGAAGUUUAACUAUCUGUCUAAUUUUGGACCACGGUUUAGGAAGUUGGCUGAUAUGUACGGCGAAGAGCCAUCGGAUACAGACUCGAAUGUAGACGAUGACGAGGGCUGGAGAAUCUGAAGUAAUUUUUGCGUUGUUUACGGUUUCAAAAUGUUCUCAUCCUAAGACGUAUUCGCUUAGCUGUUAUGGAGAGCCAAAGGCUAGUUUUUCAAAUAUUAGGUACCGUAUUGAUAAACUUUAAAACUUUGUUUACUGUAAAGUCUAUGAAACGAAACAAGUAACAAUAAACUUUGGAAUAUAUCUUGAUAUUUAUGAACAGCCAAAUAACGACGGACAAAACUUAUAGCAAGAACGUUUGGUAGCUUUCAGACAGUAUAGGAUGAGUCAUCGUGUUAUCGACGAUGAAUAUAAGAAAAAGCGGUUACACGUGACUGGUUGGGGAGAUAUUGGUACGUGCAAGCUUAACGGUUAGUUAUCAAAAGAAAGCCAUAGGCUAGCGAUUCCCCCAUUAGACAUUCCUUUUUUAUAGUUGUUAGGCGAUUCCCGCGGGUCAUUUUCAUUUUAGAAACAUGACUGUCGGAUUUAUAUGUAUAUUUUUAUAAGCGGUGUAGGGUAAGUCAGCAGCUCGAAUUUCGCUUUGGCCAUACAAGAUUCGGAACAUGGCUAAAUGGUAAAAAAUCGAAUAGACGAAGUCUUCCAACUGUCAAUUCUUUGCAGUAUUUUUCGGUCUGCACACUGCGAUAUCUUUAGCCAUUGCACCAUUCUCUGUCAUAUAUGUACAGCAUUUGUAGCAUUCGGCCAAAGCGUUUUUCGACCAAACCAGAAGAGCAAAUGUUGUGUACAUAAAUAUCGAGAUCACUGCCUUAAAACUUCUUUCUCGAUAAACAAAAGCCUGUAAACGGUACCACAAAGUAUUGAUGAUGCAUUUUCGAAACGCCACGAACUGUCUAGACUGAUAUGUGUGUAUGUAUUAUAAUGGAAUGGGAAAAUAUAAAAUCUGGAAAACCGGUCGGCUUGUCGCACCAAUCUCUCUUCCAAUGAACAGCGCGUUGCCGUACUAAAGUGCCUGGUAGGUCUCUCUCCUCUUCGUAGGCCCUCUAAGGUCGUCAUUGUCGUCAAACAAUUCAAUCGCAACAACAACAAAAAACCGGCUUCUCGAAAUGGGUACGAUUAUGCGUACCGGAACAAAACCCGACAAAGAAAUUCGUCAACUUAGUUGUCUGUGCCGGAGGUUAUAUAUUAAAAGAAGUCAUUGUCAAGCAUGAAAGUAGAAACAAAAAUCGUGUGUAGAGCAACAGGAAGUUGGAUACCAGUAUGAAAGAUGGAAACUAGAUGCCUUAUUCCAAUUUAGGAAAAGAUUGUAUAAGAACGAUUAAGUCUUUUAUAUAAGGAAACGCAAAUCAAACAUUUAUUUUAAAAUAAGAAGACAGAAUAAAAGCAAUGCUUAAGAGCGAACAGUGAGGAACGCUAAUAUUUUUAGUUCACGAUUUUAAACAAAAAUAAUAGUAAGUAAUUUUGAUUGACUAGUGCUGUUUCGUUUGCUAAAUUGUGCUCCUCAAAUAAAUUGUUGAACAAUAAAGCACAGUUUAAACGGAGCCUUCAAAGUAUUCGUAAACAUGCGAAUAAAAUUGUAGGUAGAUUCUCGACUUGACCGGGAGCCAGGUUUUUACAGGAAACUAUUGUAGGUCAUCUAUCAAAUUAUAUUAUUAAAGAAUCUACCAGAAAACAGGCAGCAGUUAUAAAUAAUAAUAAAUGACUGUUGAUUGAUUGGCAGCGUCUUAAAAAUGCUAUAUAAACACAAAAAAAAUCAGUAACGGCAAAACAAUAUACCGAAACAUAAAUGACAAAAAGCAGCAAAAAGUGAUCUAUAAUUUUAGACAAGUAAAUCGGAUAGACUUAAUUUUAAUUUAUUUAAUUCGUACGAGCAGAGUCCGUGAUAAAAAAUAUCGGAUGCGAAAUUGAUCAUUGUUGCGAACCAACAAAAAGUGAGCGAACAAAACUGUACAUGUAACUGAAUUUUUUAAUAAGGAUUUUAAAUCAAGAUGAUUGGUUAAUAAAGU